AUAGGUAGCGACACCAUCGUCGUACGCGCAACAUAGAAUUUGGACAUGGGCGAUUGGAAGCCGAUGCAGUUGUGUUAAGGUUAAAGUUGCACGGACGUUUGUGAUUAUAGUUCCCGAUUUGUUUAUGUGAUUGUUUUGUUUUUUUUGUAAAAUGGGUGCGUAUUUGUCAGAACCAAUCACGGAAAAGGUGUCAACUGAUGAAACUGGCAAACGGGUGAAAUGUGGCGCGAGUUCAAUGCAAGGGUGGCGAGUUUCUCAGGAGGAUGCUCAUAACUGUCUAAUUAACUUUGACAAGAAUGGCACAUCAUUUUUUGCGGUUUAUGAUGGGCAUGGGGGCCAUGAAGUUGCACAGUAUUGUGCCCAAAAUUUGCCAGAGUUUUUGAAAACUUGUGAGGCAUAUAAAAAGGGUGAUUACGUACAAGCUUUGAAAGAAGCAUUUCUGGGAUUUGAUGCCACAUUGCGUGAACCUGAGGUUAUUGCUAUACUAAAGCAAAUUGUCAAAGGGAAAGAAGAAAGUGGAGACAAUUCUGCAUCAGAGGAUGAAGAAAAUGUGAAGAAUCUGUUUGCUGAAGCUGAGAUGCCUCUGGAGCAAGUAAUGGCAAAAUAUCGCCGUGAUAUGAUUUCUUCAAGUACAAAAAAAUCGAAAGACGGUGAUGAUGAAAUAGGUGAUUAUCCAGACUUGGACAAGGAAAACAUACCUGAAGCCUCUGGAUCAGGAACAGCUGGCAUUAAGCUGACAGAUUGUGAGUCAGAUACAGAUGCAAACAGUUCAGAUUCUCAGGAGAAACCAUCAGCUGAUGGUGAUAGUGCAGCUGUUUCUGAUGGUGAUAGUGCAGCUGUUUCUGAUUGUGAUGCAAAUCACAAGCCCACAUCAUCAAAUGGUAAUGGAGAUAGUGAAACAGAACCACAUUCUAAAACUGAUUCACCUGAUGUCAUGGUUUCAGUUAGUGACAAAAAUAAGGAACCUCUUACAGGCAGUGACACUGAAACAGCAGAGGAAUUGAAAGUGAAGGAAGAAAUGAAUGGAGAACAUGAUGGUGAUCAGGGUGCUGCAAGUGGUGAACCACAAGGCAAAAGUUCUGAUGUUACUGGCUCAGAAGCACCAAUAAAAAAUGGUGAAGUCAGUGUAAGUGAAGAUAAAGAUGACACAUCUACAAAUGAAGAUAAAGGCAAAAGGAAAGCAAUGCCAAACUUAAACCAGUGCAUACUUAGGAAAUCUCUGAGACAACAUGCUGCAGUUGCAUUGUACCAUUCUCUUCUGGGUGGUCAGGAUCAAAGUGACAGUGACUCUGAUGAAGCAGAUGAAUCAUUCAAAGCAUUUGACAGGUCUAUAUUUGGUUUGUUUGGAAGAUUCUUCUAUAUUUGCAAACUGAAGAUUUUUAGCAUUAUAAAGUUUCUGAUUCCAAUAGGGAUCUUUAAUUUCCAUUUAAGCAGUGAGGAUGAGGAAGGAGAAAGUGGAAAGGGAGAAGAGGCAGAAGAAGACUUAGAAGAUGAAGAAGAUGAGGAGGAAGAGGAAGAGCAAGAGCAAGAGCAAGAAAGAGACGAUGAGGACGAUGAUGAUGACAGUCUGGAUGCAGACGACGAGGAAGAAGACUUUGGCGCAAAAGUGACAGAAGAACCGGGAUCGGAUAGUGGAUGUACUGCAGUUGUAGCUCUACUGAAAGGGCAAGAACUCUAUGUAGCUAAUGCAGGAGACUCUCGAUGUGUAGUUUGUCGUAAUGGGCAAGCUGUUGAAAUGAGUUUAGACCACAAGCCAGAAGAUGAAUGUGAAUUGGAAAGGAUAGAGAAAGCAGGAGGAAAAGUUACUACUGAUGGAAGAGUUAAUGGUGGCUUGAAUCUGUCACGGGCUAUAGGUGAUCAUGCAUACAAACAAGCAGAGAAGCUUCCACCUGAGGAACAGAUGAUAACUGCACUACCAGAUGUGAGAACACUCAUGAUAGACCCCAAAGAAGAUGAAUUUAUGGUUUUGGCAUGUGACGGCAUAUGGAACUUUAUGUCAAGCCAAGAUGUUGUGGAUUUUGUACGCCCUCGUAUACUAGAAAAUCCAGAAAAACUAUCACAUAUAUGUGAAGAGCUGUUUGAUCACUGUUUGGCACCAAGUACAGUUGGCGAUGGAACUGGAUGUGACAACAUGACUGCUGUUAUUGUCCAGUUUUUAUCAGCAGAUGCUUCCAGCAAUGAAAAAUCAGGAAAACGCUGUUUAUCACCAAGACCUGAGGAAGAAUCCGUGAAGCGUCCGAAAACUGAAGAAGUGUCAACCGUGUGAAUUGUAUGUUAAGUCUUACUGUUGUUUAUCUUGCGAAAUCUCAGGUACACAGCUGAGUCUUCAGAUUCACAGUGCUAAAGACAAGUGAUGGUCACUUCUUUUCUGAAGGAAUCGAGAGACAUGUUCAUUUUUAUUUGAAGAGGAGUAAUCAUAUUAAGGAUUCUUUGUUUGAUUAGUGAUGUACUUGAGAUAUACAUACUUGGCAGCAAGUUUCUGUCCAAGCUAUGUGAAGAUUUCAGUUCUCUGCCUCAAGUUGCACAUAUAUUGUGAAAUUGACAUCAGUAUGUACAAUAUUUAUGUUCAAAUAUCAGACUUGGGAUAGUUGUAGAAGGUACACCCCAAGACAGUAUAUGUCCAGUUUUAUUGGAUAACAGUUAGAAAUGGUUCAUUUUAUCUUAUUUGUCAUUUUAAUAUAUUUUUCAAUAAGACUUUUUACUUUGAGAAAAUUUCAUCAUUUUUACUGUAAUUGUACUCUCCAGUAUUUUUGGGAAAACAGUACUUCUUUGCACACUAGUACAGUAUUUGAACAAUGAGAGGGACCUGUUACACAUUCAUAAUGUAGUGACUUUUCUGUGAAAUAAUGUUAAGUGAUAAUUGAUACUGAAAAUGCACCACAGUGAUGUCACAUUGUAUUAACAGCUUUCAUUUGUUUCUUAGCUAACAAGAACACAAGUAUUUCAAAAUCAGUGAUUCAGUACCAGAUUUUCAAUUAUGUCUUCUUGCUCUUGUUCAGUUUUCUGUAAUGACUGAUGCUGUAUUCGAAGCCGUUCCAGUUCUGUGGAUUUCUCGAUUAUUAGCGCCUGUAACAUUUAAGUACCUUUUGCUGCAUUAAUUGUGUACAUGCACAUAAGUGUUCAACAUUAUAUUUUUAUAUAUCAAAAAUAAAAAGGAAUGGUGCCACUAA